UGCUACAGGACCAGGGGAAAAAAAUUCACAAGCUACCAGGAUGAUGAUGAGGAGGAAGAAUGUGAAGAAUUUGAAGGUGUUCUGAACAGCAGCCUAAUGCUUUAUAAAGAACUUCAUGACAAAUUAUACAAGUACCAAAAGGAGGGCUUAGCUUUUCUUUACUCUCUGCACAAGAAUAGAAAAGGUGGCAUCUUGGCUGAUGAUAUGGGCCUGGGAAAGACAGUUCAAAUUCUCACUUUUCUAUCAGGAAUGUUUGAUAUGGACUUGAUAAAAACUGUAUUACUCGUGGUACCUGUUAGCCUCAUCAGUAACUGGAUGGAAGAGGUGAGAAAAUGGACUCCGGGAAUGCAUGUGAAAGUGUUUCAUACCAGCAGCCGAUCUCUAGAGGAAAGUUUAAAGACAAUCCAGGAGAAAGGAGAUGUUCUAAUUACAACCUACCAAAUGCUGAUGAACAGACUAGAGAUGCUGUCACACCACAGAAGCAAAGACUUCAUAUGGGAUAUUGUCAUAUUCGAUGAAGCCCACAAGCUCAAAAAGCCUUCUAACAAAACUACCAAAGCUGCUUCUGUCAUUCCCUCGAAGACACGCAUCCUUCUCACUGGGACCCCCGUGCAAAACAACCUGCAAGAGAUGUGGGCUCUGUUCAGUGUAGCGUGCCAAGGAGCCAUCCUUGGCAGUUACAAGUCUUUUAAAAAAUUGUAUGAAACUCCAAUCAUAAGAGGGAGAAUGAAAGAUGCCAGCAUAAGUGAGAAAGCCCUUGGUUUCAAGUUUUCAGAAAAUUUAAUGGAAAUUAUCAAGCCAUAUUACCUGCAGAGAACAAAACUAGAUGUUGGAAAGGAGUGCCAUGACUCACAAAAUAAAGAGAACUGCCCACCCAACUCACUUCCUCAUCUUCCUGAGAAGAGCGAUUUGGUUGUGUGGCUUUACCUCAGCCCCUUACAAGAGCGCAUCUAUAGAGACAUUCUUUCAUCAGAGAAGAUCAAAAACAUUCUCUUGUCAUCUGCUUGUCCUCUAACAGAGCUGACCAUGCUAAAGAGCCUCUGCGAUCACCCAAGGUUACUUUCUGGUAAUGGCAGCCUUGACUCAUAUAAUAGUCUUAUUCAAGAGUCUAGAAAACUAGCCUUUUUGGUAGCCUUGCUGGAGAAACUCUGCAGCGAUGGCCAUCGCACACUUGUGUUUUGCCGCUCCUGUAAAAUGCUUAAUAUUAUUGAAAAAGUUUUAACGGCAAAGAAAUUUCAUUUUUUACGUAUAGAUGGGACAGUCAAACAGAUAGAGCUGCGCAACAGGCGGGUAUCAAUGUUUCAGACCAAAAGUGAUUACUCCAUCAUGCUUCUGACAACUCAAGUGGGUGGUGUUGGAUUAAACCUAACUGCAGCGAACCGAGUUGUCAUCUUCGAUCCAUCCUGGAAUCCAGCAACUGAUGCUCAGGCUAUAGACAGAGUAUACAGGAUUGGGCAGGAAAAAAAUGUCAUUGUCUACCGGCUAAUAACCUGCGGGACAGUGGAAGAAAAAGUGUUCCGGCGCCAAGUGUUCAAGAAUUCCCUGAUAAGGCAGGUAACUGGUGAUGAGAAGGAUCCUUUCAGACAUUUCACCCAUGAGCAGCUGAAGGAUGUUUUCACACUUGGCAACACUCAGCUGUCUUUAACACAGAUUCAGCUACAGUCCAUGUCAAUCACUCAGUCAAUCAGGAAUGCUGAGCUGGAAGAGCACACUGCUUUUCUUCAGUCCCUGGAUAUCUUUGGAAUAUCCCAUACUAACCUUGUGUUCUCAAUGACACAGGAAGGCAACUGGGAUUCAGAAGAUGGUGAAAAGAUUUCACUUAAAGUGCAGAAGGCACAGAAAACCUUAGAAAGUGAAUCCCUGCAACAAGAGUGUGGGGUCAGAAGACUUUCCCUGGAAAGAGGAGUGGGCAGAAAUCACCAAGUAAGUUCCACCAAAGAAAUGAAAAGGCCAACAUCUUCUUCUUGUGGUCUUCGUUAUUUAGCUGUGACAGAAGGAAACUCAGAUGGUGACAGGAACUUCAACCAUGGAAUGGACGAAGAAUUGGAUCCUGAAAAUGGUGAUGGUGCUUCAUGUAGUUGUUCCAGCCUAACGGUGUCAGAACCCCUAAACACUUCACUGUAUCUUUAUUAUGAUGGUACAAUUGAGGAACACUCAGAAAUUAACCUUCAAAAUCAACUACACCCUCGGUCCAAAAACACACCAGAACCAACCAACUCAACUGAUCACUUUUUUAAGAUGAUUGGAGGAAGGUCAGAGAGCAAUAUGAAGAUGAAUAGUGUAAUGGUGGAAGAGCCAUGUGUUAAUAGUACACCACACAGUUUCCACGGGACCCCAUCAACAGAGACUCUAAGUAGGUCAUCUGAUCUUCACAUGAUUGAAAUGACAGGAGAAAGUUCAGCUAGAAAGAAGAGCUCCAGUGCAAAAGCAGAAGAAUUGAAUCUUAAAUGUGCUAAUAAUGAAUCACACAGCUUCUUCAGUGUUGCAUCAGAAAAGACUUCAAGCAGAUCCUCUGAUCCUCAUAUUGUUGAUGUGAUAAGAGAACGCUACGAGAAUGAUGUUAAGAUCAGUAGCGAAAUGGUGGAAGAAUCAUCUCUUAAAUCACACAGUGUAAUAAGUAAAUGUAGAGUCAAUACCACAUUCACAGAGCCUCCAAAUAGCUCACCCAAUCUUCACUUUUUUCAUGUGAUAGAAAGCUCAAAAUGUGACACAAAGAUUGGAAGUGGAACAGACAAUUCUCAUCCGGAAAAUGUUGAUAGAACACCUUGCACUUGGUUUGACACAUCAACAAACAUUCUAAGAAAUUCAGCAGGUCUUCCUUACAUUGGGGCAAUAGAAGGUAACUCAGAGAACAUAAGCAGUGUAUUGGAAGAAAAAUCACAUAUUCAAAAUGUAGACAGUAAACCAUGCAGUUGUUUUGAAGGCACAUUAACAGAGGUUCUAAGCAGCUCGUCUGUUCUUCAUUAUGCUGGCACCAAAAAACAAAACUCAGGAGAUAAAAAGAUUAGGAGUAUAACACCAGAAAAAUCAUUUCUACAAAUUGUUGAUAGCACACCACACAACAGGUCAGAAACCACAUCCACAGAGACUCAAAGUAAUCUACCUAAUCUUCAUUCUUUUCAAAAGAAGGGAGGAAAUUCAGAGAAUGAAAUGAAAAUUAGCAAUGGAACAAUGGAAGAAUCAGACCUCCAAAAUUUUAUUGCAGUACACCAACUGAACCGUUUUGAUACCACAUCUGCUGAGCCUUUGGGCAAAUCACUUCAUCCUUUUUUUGUUGAUGUGAUACAAGGAGGUGCACAAAGCAAUCAUAAAAUGACCGAUAUAACACCAGAUAAUUCUUGUCUUCAAAAUGUUGAUAGUACAAUAGACAGCAGGUUGAAUGGUGUGUCAACAGAGCUUCCAAGCAGCUCAUCUGGUCUUCACUAUGAUGGUGUGAUAGGAAGAAAGAGUGAUAUGACAAGUAGAAAUGCAACAGGAGAAAGAUCACAUCCUCUUUGUGUUGACAGUAUGCCACACAAUUGGUUCAAAACCACAUUGGCAGAGACUCCAAGUAGGUCACCAAGUCUUCAUUUAGUUGCUACAAUAGGAUAUUGCUCAGAGAGUGAGAAGCUCUGCAGUGUAACAGGAGAAAAAGCGAACCUUCAAAAUGUUGUUAUUUCUCCGGGCAUCUGCUUCAAUUCUUUAGCAGCAGAGAUUUUGAGUGGCUCAUCUGAUCUUCACUUGGUUGAUAUGGAAAGAGAAACCUCAGAGAGUGCGAGGAAGAUCAGCAUUUUACCACUGAAAGAAUCAGAUCCUCAAAAUGUCAGCAGUAUGCAACAAAGUGAGUUCAACACAGUAUCAAGAAAUGUUCUUGCCGGAACAACUUCCUGCUGUCAAUCAGGUGGACCUGCCUUUGACAAUAUUCUCUCGUUGUUCAAUAAACUCAUCAUUAAGAAUACUGAAACAGCUGUUCCAACAACUACACAAAAUCAACAAGAGAAUUUUGGCUCGAGUGGUAUGCAGGAUGAUGAAAACAGUAUAAUUAGCCCAACAUUUUGUAAUGAUUCUUUUUCUCUGGAGAACAACCGAUUGUCCCAUCAACUAUUUCCAGACUAUCAAGACUUUUCUGUAGUAUUGACCUCAACCCCUAGGCCUAAAGUUGCUUGUGGUACAAGAGAAAGUGAGGUGUUCCCAAAAGGUCAUUUUUUGUUAGAAGAUUUCACUGCCAUUGGUGACAGCACUCGAGGAUGCAGUAUUGAUUUGUCUUGUGAUAGAGGUCUUCAGAAAGUGUCUGGGGAUAAGCUGGCUUUAUUGGAUUAUUCUGCAGCUUCUAAAUGCAUGUCUAAGUUAGCUGACAAAAUGUUCCCCUACAAUACGGGUUCUCCAAAAUUUUCUGAUUCUGAAAUUCAACAGAAACAAGAAAGACAUUUCUGGGAUAACGGUGAAAAUGACAAUGAAAAAACGAACAAAACUCCACUCGGUUUUAAGCAUCAUGAUUCUCUUUUCAGGUCACAACCCAGUUGUUCUGAUCUGAAGUGGGAAUCCAAUGUGGAGAGUCCAGCUUCCUCCUCAAGAAAUUUUACAAAGUCCAAAAGCGAUUUUGAGGAAGGUUUUAACUCUGAUGUUCCAUGUAGCUUUCACUUGAUUCUGAAUGAAACUCAACCAGCAGGCAGACAAACAGAAAAUGUUUUGCAAUCGGACACCUUCCACAAUUUUCUGGCAAGCGCUCAAGGUGUGCACGAAGAAGGUGUUUCAGAUAUAGAAGACAUUUCAAUGCAACAUAAGUCCAAGUUACGUCUACCUUUGCAGCACAUCGUCUCAGUUAACUCCUUUGAAGAAAAACAGCAACAACCAAAGAAAGAGAAAGAAAGGUCUUUUUAUUUGAAGUCAGAAGUUGACACUACAGGUACAGAAAUUCCAACAUCUGCUUUGUGCAAACAUUAUGAAACUGACUCAUCUCUGGAUAAGACCUCCGAAGGUCCUUGCGAGCAAGAGGGUGCUCCCUUAUUUAAUAGCACUAGGACAUUAGCCAAAAAUCAGUUUAAUUUACAGAGCAAUCAUGAAAGCAAGUUAGGCAUUCCCAAACGAUGUCUAAUCAUGUGAGGCGCUAUGCUCUCUCUGCUCUAUUGUCUUUUUGGGUAUGGAGACUGAUAUUAAAAAUAUGACGUUAUCAGAGCAUUAUUUUUUUAAACUAUUGUUCAAUUAAUAAAGAUUUAAGAAAUUUGAGCCAUAGGACUUUUAAAUACAGAUUAUAGACUGACCUGUUUUAAUACUUUAUAUUGAUUCAAUGGCAGGGCAAAGUGUUCAGUUUCAUGGGGCUACUGCAUGGAAUUUUAAUAGCAUACAUUGGGAUUUUUUUUCCAAUGGAUCAACACAAAACAAUGCAAUCAAAGGGAAACCAAUUUUCUGCAGAACUUUGUAAAUUAGUAAUUUGUGUUUAUAAAAGGCUAAAAUCUGUCCAUCUAUCACGUGAUUACUCACAAACUAUUGGGGAUGGAACCUUGAUCUUGAUCUUAAUCAGAAGCUUGUGACCUGACAUGUUAUGAAAAUUUGGAAAAAAGUUGGGCAAUAAAAUACAAAUUUAGAACCAGAGGUUUCACUAGUAAAUUAAAAACACAAAA